AGUCUGACAUUGGACUCCUUAGCCUACAGGGAGCAAUGCAGGCAUCAGGCAAGGGGGACUGCUCUAUGGUGCUCAGCCAGGACUGUCUGUUUCACCCUACUACCUGCCUCGCUCUGCCUAGAGCGGCUGCCUUCUCCACUGACUGACUGGAUCACUCAGAAGAUACAGUGACCGAGCAGGGAGUGGUUACCUCGACUAGGGCUUUCAGGGGAAGAACACUGCCAGUGUUUCUUUAGCUUCCUCUUCAACGUGCUCCAUUUCUUUCCGUGUCUCCCUGGCUGGGCUGCCUGCUCGGCGCGGAGCUGGGUAUACUUGUGUAACAUUCCUGGAUUACAGCUACGUGUUAUUUAAAAAAUAAAAAUACAUCUCUAUUUGGGCCCCUCCUACCCGCGGCUCCUCCACCCUUCCUUGGCCUUUUCCUGGGCUGCACUUUAAAGAGGAUUUUUGGCUCUUAAGACUCCAGCCUCCUGCCCUCUGCCGUGCUGGUGAAAGAAGUGCCUGAAUCGGAGUCUCUGGCUCUGUUUGAUGCGUCCAGCCCGCCAAGGUGUCUGGCCCUGGACCCCCAGGCUCUGACUGCAGUAGUACUUCUGUUUUCUGAUGGGAGUUUAAGUAGAGACCUAGGGAGAGCGACGGGAAAGGAUCUGCCCUCUGUUAUGGGCUGUUUUUGUUCCUAUGGAAAAACCGCGAUGAAGAGUUCUCUCACACUCUCCCUAUGUCGGGCAGAGCUAAUGUUCAGCCCAUGAACUCAUGGAAGGGGGUGCUCAAGCUCUUCACAUGCAUAGCUUCUAGAACAACCGCCAACAAACCUAAAGAGUUACCCACAUUUCAAGAGAAGAAGAAAGCCUUAUUUAGGAAUCUUAUGGACGAAGAAAUGAGUCGCCAGACCGCCACAGCGCUGCCCACAGGAACCUCCAAGUGUGCCCCCUCCCAGCGCGUCCCCACCUUGUCCGGCACUACGGCCUCUAACAGCGACCUGGCCAGCCUGUUUGAGUGCCCCGUCUGCUUCGACUAUGUGCUGCCCCCUAUCCUGCAGUGCCAGAGCGGCCACCUGGUCUGCAGCAACUGCCGACCCAAGCUCACCUGCUGCCCCACCUGCCGGGGCCCACUGGGCUCCAUCAGGAACCUGGCCAUGGAGAAGGUGGCCAACUCUGUGCUGUUUCCCUGCAAGUAUGCGUCGUCGGGCUGCGAGGUGACGCUGCCCCACACAGACAAGGCAGAGCACGAGGAGCUGUGUGAYUURCGGCCGUACUCCUGCCCCUGCCCAGGGGCCUCCUGUAAGUGGCAGGGCUCGUUGGACGCGGUCAUGCCCCACCUCAUGCACCAGCACAAAUCCAUCACCACGCUGCAGGGCGAGGACAUCGUGUUCCUUGCCACGGACAUUAACCUGCCUGGGGCAGUGGACUGGGUCAUGAUGCAAUCCUGCUUCGGAUUCCACUUCAUGCUGGUCCUGGAGAAGCAGGAGAAGUACGACGGUCACCAGCAAUUCUUUGCCAUCGUGCAGCUGAUCGGCACGCGGAAGCAGGCUGAAAACUUUGCCUACCGCCUGGAGCUCAACGGGCACCGGCGACGGCUCACCUGGGAGGCCACGCCCCGCUCCAUCCACGAGGGCAUCGCCACUGCCAUUAUGAACAGCGACUGCCUAGUGUUUGACACCUCCAUCGCGCAGCUGUUCGCUGAGAAUGGAAACCUGGGCAUCAACGUCACCAUAUCCAUGUGCUGAGGACUGUCAAGUGGACAGCCACUAACACACACACACACACACACACACACACACACACACACUUUCUCUCACACACACAUACUCGGACACAUUUCAGACACUACAGGACACCUGGAGUUGUACCUGGGGGGUUUGGAGGGGGGCAGGAUCUUUCCCAGGGAACCUGUUGUCUUCGAACAAUGUGAUUUAGAACGUUCAGAUCGGUUAGAUUGAUGAAAACAAUGGGAUUCAAUUUUAAGCUUCAUUACAAUAUUAGUUCUGUAACUAAA